AUGAGUCGAUUCUCCUUGAAAGGGCGGACUGCUCUUGUUACUGGGGGUGCUCGAGGCUGCGGUCUGACCUUUGCGGAGGGGCUCGCAGAAGCAGGAGCGGAUGUUGCUGUAUUUGAUGUCAUUCCUCCAGUCAAGGCGUUCUACGAUAUCGAAAAGGCGUAUGGAGUGAAAACAAAGCACUACAUCGUGGAUGUGAGCAGCAAGGAGAGCCUUCAGCAAGCAUUUGAUUCCUUCAGAGCUGACUUCGAGGGAAAACUUGACAUCUGUGUUCCUUGUGCUGGAAUCAAUCGAAAUAUUGGUUUUCUCGACACAACGUUUGAAGAACAUCAAACGCUCUUGAGUGUCAAUGUCAUGGGGGUCUAUCAUACGGCCCAACUUGCUGCCAAACAGAUGAUCGCCAACGGGACCAGAUGCGGCAGCAUUAUUCUGGUGGCUAGUAUUGCAAGCUAUAUGGCCAUUCGAAGCCAGAUGAGCAGUGCCUACUGUGGCACAAAGGGCGCCGUACGAGCCAUGUGCCCAGCAAUUGCUGCGGAAUUGAUUAAAUAUGGUAUUCGUGUCAAUAGCAUAUCUCCUGGCUAUGUAAGGACAGAGAUGACAGCUCCAUUUCCGCAUCUCCUCGAAAGUUGGAAAGACGAGAUAAUGAACGGUAAAGUCGCCGAACCGGAAGAUAUCAGAGGUGGCUGUGUCUUCUUGGCCAGUGACGCCAGCUCAUACAUGACUGGACAAGACCUAUGUAUCGAUGGAGGUGUCACAAAAUGGUGA